CACCUAGAAUGGAAUAAAUAAAUGCUGAAAUAUUGGUGUCUUAUUCCGCUGGGCUUCCUAAAAAGGAAAUAAAAAUGGUAGAGCCAGAAGGAAAAUGAAUAGUUAAUCGUGGAGGAGGAGAAAACCUAGCCCAGUACUUUGACUAGAGGCAGCUGGGGAAGUGACGUCCUGUAGCAUUUGCUGUUCUAGAAAGUACAGAGACACGUAGUGAAAAUGGGAGGAUCUAGAAGGAGGCCGUCUCCCGUGUAGUGUAUAUUUAUCUGUAAGUGAGCUGUUGGGGAAGGAAUUAAAUACGGAGACGCUGCCUGCUUGCCGCUUUAAGACAGCGAAGCUGAAUUGCUGAUUUGCUUUAACUUUUAAAAUACCCAGCUGGGUUUCUUUUUCUUAGAAUCAUUGUAUUGCUGAGACUGGGGACGCUGUUUUCUGUCACAAAGGGAAAUCUAAGUUCAUUUCAAGGCAUUCGAAAUGGGGAAAGACUAUUAUUGCAUUUUGGGAAUUGAAAAAGGAGCUUCAGAUGAAGAUAUUAAAAAGGCUUACCGAAAACAAGCCCUCAGAUUUCAUCCGGACAAGAACAAAUCUCCUCAGGCGGAGGAAAAAUUUAAAGAGGUCGCAGAAGCUUAUGAAGUAUUGAGUGAUCCUAAAAAGAGAGAAAUAUAUGAUCAGUUUGGGGAGGAAGGGUUGAAAGGAGGAGCAGGAGGUACUGAUGGACAAGGAGGUACCUUCCGGUACACCUUUCAUGGUGAUCCUCAUGCCACAUUUGCAGCAUUUUUUGGAGGUUCCAACCCCUUUGAAAUUUUCUUUGGAAGACGGAUGGGUGGUGGUAGAGAUUCUGAAGACAUGGAAGUAGAUGGGGAUCCUUUUAGCGCCUUUGGAUUCAACAUGAAUGGAUAUCCAAGAGACAGGAAUUCUGUGGGGCCAUCCCGCCUCAAACAAGAUCCUCCAGUUAUUCAUGAACUUAGAGUAUCACUGGAAGAAAUAUAUAGUGGUUGUACCAAACGAAUGAAGAUUUCUCGAAAAAGGUUAAACCCUGAUGGAAGAAGUUAUAGAACUGAGGACAAAAUUCUCACCAUUGAGAUUAAAAAAGGGUGGAAAGAAGGCACCAAAAUUACUUUUCCAAGAGAAGGAGAUGAAACACCAACUAGUAUUCCAGCAGACAUUGUUUUUAUCAUUAAAGAUAAAGAUCACCCAAAAUUCAAAAGGGAUGGAUCAAAUAUAAUUUAUACUGCUAAAAUUAGUUUACGGGAGGCAUUGUGUGGCUGCUCAAUUAAUGUUCCAACAAUGGAUGGAAGAACCAUACCCAUGUCAAUAAAUGAUAUUGUGAAACCUGGAAUGAGGCGAAGAAUUAUCGGAUAUGGGCUACCAUUUCCAAAAAAUCCUGACCAACGUGGUGACCUUCUAAUAGAAUUUGAGGUGUCCUUCCCAGAUACUAUAUCCUCAUCAUCCAAAGAAGUACUUAGGAAACAUCUUCCUGCCUCCUAGAAUGAAAAACUUUGUUACCCAUAUUUUGAUAAGGCACUGAAAAUAUAAAAGGACUGGCCGUUUACUGAUGUAGAUGUGAAUUCUGUAUAAAGACAUGUAAAUUAUUUUGAGGGUUCAUUAAAUUGCAUGAAUAGAGACGGGUCCUAUAAAUAGGCAAAAGGGAUUUUUACAGUUAAGAGAUGACGAAAAAACCAUGCACUGUAUUUUGUUUCAUUUUUCCCAAAUCAGAAAUUUUUAGUAUUUUGCUUACAUGUAAAGUUUGUUUUUGUGGAGUUCAUAGCUAUCUUUCUAAUAAAGUACUAGGCUAUCCAAGUACUGUAUUUCCUACAGCUUUACAGUAUCAGUAUGAUAGGUUCUCAUUUACAGUAGAAAUUUAAAUUCUUAACUAAACUAUACAUGUGAUAGGUAUUUCUAGAAAAUAAAAAGCCAAGUAACUUGGAAAUCUGGUUAACUAUAUUAAAAUCACCAUAUGAAAUGCUGCUAUAGGGCUGGUACCCAUAAAAGAUUAUCCAAAUACAUAUAUUUCACCAUUUUGAUUUUUAAGUAUGCUGUGGCAUUUCUUCAUUAACAUAGUUGUAAUGUUCCUAGGGCAGACCUUUUCUUCAUAAAAAGGAAAUUAAUGGUAAUUUAUCUCCUGUGGAAAUCCCAGUUGCCUGAAUUACUGAUGUUUUAGAAAUAGGUUGUUUUUAAAAUGCCAUAUAUGAUUUUAUGCAAGUUGACUAUAUAUCUUGGACUUAAUAAUAAAUUAUAGGUACAUUUUAUUGUCCACUAGUUAAUCUGUUUGAUAAUAAAUGCGUUUUUAGAGGAAAUAUUGUUACUUGGAAUUAAUUUUCCAGUUACACAGUCUUCUAUAACUUACUCAUAAUAUGCUAUAUAUGUACCAUAUGCAAUUUCCCUAAAAAGAAUGAACUACCACUACGGUGUUAAACCAAAAUAUGGGGAAAAUAAACACUAACUGCUGCUUAUGAAUGAUGUUGCUACUACUUGUUAUGCAUAUAAAUAUUUUACUUUUUCAUAUGUAUAGAUUGCAUUUCUUAGGUGUUUUAAUUUUUUAAAUAUAUUUACGUUUAAAAAAUUA